AUGACAACACAUGCAACAACACCGUUUGAUAUUCGUUCUCCUCAUCAAACAUUAUAUAGCAAUCGAAUUUAUGCCCGUACGACAACAACAGCAGCAACAGCAACAGCAACAGCAACAGCAACAGCACGUUCAUCAAUUGUAAAUCGACCAUUUCGUUCCUAUUUAAAAACAUUUCCACCUAUAAAUAUAUGUGAAAAUCUUUUAUAUGAUGUAACCAUAGCUGGUGAUGUUGGAUCAGCUACGUCAUCAUCGUAUAUUAAUAGUAGUGAACAUUAUGAUAAUACAUUUGCAAAUACUUAUGAUAAUCCAAUUCAGUAUUUUGAAAAAUAUCCUUCAAAACCAAUUGAUAUUGUUAAAAGUAGUUUAAAUGAUCUUCCACAUUCCAAUGAGAACUUUUAUGAUCAUGCUAAAGAUGAGCAUAAUGAUGAAAAUUGUUCAACAAGUAGUACUACUCAUAGUAGUACAUCACCUGUUCUUUUUUAUUUGGAAAAUAAAAAUUUAGCCAUAUGUGCAUGUAUUAUUUCACUUCUUUUAUUAUUACUUAUUGGUCUCGGAAUUUUUUUAUUAAAUAAACUUAUUCGUCCUGUUAUUAUUAAUACUACUGUAAACAAUCAUUAUGGUUUAAUGAAUAUGUCAAACACAACAACAACAACAGUAACAACGCUACCAACAACAACUGCUACAGUGAUUUUAUCUCGUUCAAUGACUUCUAAACCAUUCGCACUGUUAUUAAGACGAUCAUCACUUGAUAUUUUAACAACAACAACAACGACUAGUACAUUAAUAAGAAACGAUUUUGAUUUUCCCUGUCCACCCUAUCGUUGGGGAAGGAUGUGCGAGCAUAUGUGUAAACCAUGUGGUCUCGGUAUAUGUCAUCGAACUACAGGCAAUUGUAUUUGUCCAGAAGAUACGUAUGGAGAAUUCUGUGAUUUAUGGAAAGUUAAUGAUAAACCAAAACGUGGCGAUAUGAUGAGUUGA